AUGCCGAUUGAUAUUGCAAGAUAUAGCAAAUUGAUCUCCCCAAAGGACACGGGGCGUAAUGAAGAGAGAGAGGAAAAGUUGCUUGAGAGGUGUCCUCCUGGCCAUGAGGGCACAAAGUUGAUCGACAUACCCGCGACAAUUCUUGAUGCAUCCGGUGCCAUCAUCGCAUGGUACCUCCCAGACGCCUUGACCGAUGCCACCCAGAAUCAGUCCGAUCCGGAGCCAUUGCGAAGGCCAGCAGCCAUUGCCACAGCGGCACUCAGGGUGAUGCAUCCUGAGCAGUACUGGGCAGGGUUGCAAGCCUUUGCGAGCCUCGGAGAAAAGGCACGAAGCAAGGAACUGCCGAAGAUGUCAGAGACUCUCCAGUACUGGGCAACGGUGUUUAACAGCCUCACCAUCAUAUGCAAUCAGGAAACCCCGAAUCAUCGAGACCCCUCAUCGAUUUCCGAAUGCUUCGAUAUUCUCACUAGCGUGGGGAAUUAUUCUAAUGCUCGGAUGAGUAUGCCAAGCCUGCAGCUGGAGUUAAGUGGAAGGGGAUCGAAUUGCCUGGGCAUGAUGUCAGGCACUCCAUACUCAACAUUCGGGUUUCGGGUCUUGAUAGUCGGGACUCGAUAUUCGAUUUCACCGACUACUGAGUACCGGGUUUCGGGUUUCGGUACACGGUACCCGGUACUUGAUAGUCGGGACUCGAUAUUCGAUUUCACCGACUACCGAGUACCGGGUUUCGGGUUUCGGUACACGGUACCCGGUACUUGA